CGCGACUGGCGAAAUGUCAUACAGUAAUGGAUUCACGUACCUUUCGCAGGGGUAGACGUCAGUGACAUCAUACCUUAGCUAUUCAAACUUGCCAGAAAAAAAAGGCCAAUGCGCACUUGAAAUGCAUCAUCACCGGGUGCCGCAUGACAUGAUACUACGAAACCAGUCAAAAGGACGCGGGAGGCAGCACUAAACAUUCCGUCUAGAGUUGUUCUCUUUUCAAUUAACUUCUGCACCCAUCAGUUUGUCUACCCCAGUGACGAUUCUCCACAUUGUGAUUCAACUACCGACCAACUGAACAAGAAACUGGGACUAGGCGGCCUCCUAGAGGCAUUGGACGAACGCAUUCUUUUGCCACCCAACCAACAAUACCCAGCCAGCAGCCACCACACGUUUGGGCAUUGACUUUGUCGCACAUAAAACUGCAAAACCCCCAACCAAGUUUUGCCCAGCCGGUUCCAAUUCUGAGCAACUUCCUUUACUUCGCAUCCUCUUCUCCAAAGUAGUAGUAGUAGCAGAGGUACGGCUCCUCUGCCAAGGAGCUUUCCACAUUCCCGACUCGGCUUUACGGUGUUACACAAGAGCUUGCCCAGCUUCCCGGCAUGGCUUCGUUCCUAUUUAAGUUGGCCGCCAAGCGCGCCUUGCAGGAUAAGAUGAAGAUGAACACCAAUUCACAGGAUCCUUUCUACGAGUAUGAAGAGAUCGAGGUGCACAAGGGCGGCAAGACCGAAAUCAUAUACAAAAAGAAAGGGAAGAAGCCGAUUCCCAAAGGCCUGAGUAAGAAUGACGCGCAGGUCCUUAAAGGGGUCCGCAGCCGUGCCUAUCAUCUCGACAUGAGCCUAUUCAGUUUCUGUGGUAUCCGGUUUGGCUGGAGUUCUGUCAUAGGCCUGGUCCCUGCCAUUGGUGAUGCCCUGGACGCGCUUAUGGCCCUGAUCCUUGUCAAGAAAUGCAUGAAAGUUGACGAUGGUUUGCCGCUGACAAUUUUGUCUCGCAUGGUGUUCAAUAUCUUGGUGGAUUUUGUCAUUGGCCUCGUUCCAUUCGUCGGGGAUCUUGCCGAUGCAGCCUACAGGGCCAAUAUUCGCAACGCAUGGUUGCUGGAGCUUUACCUGGUCAACAAGUACGACGAGAUGAACAAGCGUGGAAUCUCAGACCCCGCGGAUCUGGAAAAUCAGCCAUCGUCGUCUGCCGCAACUGCCUCUGUGGCCCCACCUAAGCCCGCCAAGAAGAAGUUCUUUGGACGCGGAGGUGAAACUGACGACACCUCUACGCCCGCAGAGGGUCACACCCGUCGAGACCGCAUAUGAGGAGAGAAGCGUGUUGUUUUAGUUGCGCUGACUUGCGUUGACUAGCGUUGUUUCUGUCAUUUUCUAGGAUGGGCACUGAUAACGCCUAACGAAUGAAUGGGGAUUCUUGAGGAAUAAGGUGAGAGGCCUUACAGUUGUUGCGUGCUGGUACUUAAUGUUCAUAAUUUAAUGCAAGCAAAAUGGUGUUUUCAAAACGUGAGCGGACUGAUCGGUGCUGAUGGGUAGAUCACCAAUAUCCAUGGCGACGCUCAGACUUUU